CCCAUGUCAUCCGCCGCCAGCGGUACAUUACUGGCGACAGCACCGCUCGUGAUCUUGUCUCUCUCGUGCCCGCUUCGCCCCGUCUCCCUCCAGAUCACGCACAUUCGACCACCUCCGCAUCUUUGCGCACCGCUGUACGUGUAGAACCACGCGGCCUUGUCCUCGCAAAUGCCUGCAUAGGACCGUUACCCCAGCGGACCUGCCCGCCCCCCGACACCGCACCUCACAAGCCAUGAGACACAAGCGACACGAACCCAAGCUGACCACGAGCAAGACAGUCUGCCAUUCCCGCCUCUCGGCUUCUUUGAUUUCGCAAAUCCACACAGAUAAACCAGCCAGCAACCAUGUCCAAGACUUUCACUCUCAAGGAGGUUGGCGAGCACAAGGACGGCGACAGCCUGUGGCUCGCUGUGGACAACGGCGUGUACGACAUUUCAAACUUCCUCGACGAGCACCCUGGCGGCGCCAAGAUCCUCAAGCGCAUGGCCGGCAAGGACGCGUCCAAGCAGUUCUGGAAGUACCACGGCAAGACGGUGCUCGACAAGUACGGCGACAAGCUCAAGAUCGGCACGCUCGCCGAGUCGGCCAAGCUGUAGAGAGACGCAGACAGACAUCUCGGGAACGGACGAACGUACGGCGGGGGAGAUAGAAGGUUUUGAAGACACGAGACAAUGCUUAUAUUAUACAUAUACCGAACGCGUGCAGACACGCGCAUUUACAUGUGGCUAUAGCAACUACAAUGACCAUAUACGCAUACACACUCAUACAUCUAUGCG